AUGCAUUUCCGGGAUGCAUCCAUCUACAUGGCUGUCGUUGGUUUGACCUCGACGACGGCUCUCGCUGCCUUGCCCCCUUAUGCCCAGUGCGGCGGCGUCACCUACAAAGGUGACAGUGCCUGCGCUUCUGGCUGGCACUGCGUCAAGUACAACGACUGGUACAGCCAGUGUGUCCCUGGCGGAGAAGCUUCUCCUCCACCUGCCAACACUGCCUCCCCUUCUUCGACUGCUACCUCCGCAAGCCUGUCUAGUGUUGAACCUACUACUUCUCCUUCCCCCUCUCCAGCUGCUGGCUCUGGCGGAAACAGUCCCGCUCCCAAUGUUGCCGGCAGCGGCCGCAAUGGCGCCAAAUGCGAUCUUGAUGCUGCCUUCAAGGCCAAGGGCAAGAAAUACGUUGGUGUUGCCACUGAUCAAUACCGUCUCAGCACUGGCAAGAACAAGGAGAUCAUUGUCGACAACUUUGGCUGUGUUACUCCUGAGAACAGCAUGAAGUGGGAUGCCACUGAGCCCAGCGAGGGCCAAUUCACUCUCGAUGGCGCUAAUGCUCUCGUUUCUUUCGCCACCAGUAACGGCAAACUCAUCCGCGGUCACACUACCGUAUGGCACUCUCAGUUGGCUGCAUGGGUUUCUCAGAUCCGUGACAAGGCCAAGCUCGAAGAGGUCAUGGUUAACCACAUAAAGAAGCUCGUUGGUACCUAUGCUGGCAAGAUCUACGCCUGGGAUGUUGUGAACGAAAUCCUUGACGAGCAAGGUGGCUUCCGAUCCAGUGUCUUCUACAACGUCCUUGGUGAAGGCUUCGUCUCCACCGCUUUCCACGCUGCCCGUCAGGCCGAUCCCCUCGCUAAGCUCUACAUCAACGACUACAACCUUGACGGCGCAAACUACGCCAAGACAAAGGGCAUGAUUAGCCAUGUAGAGAAGUGGAUUGCCGACGGUGUUCCCAUUGACGGAAUCGGCUCCCAAUCCCACAUCAGCUCCCCCGGCACUCUUUUCCCCAUCUCUGGUGUCCCUGCUGCUUUGAAAGCUCUCUGCGGUGCCGCCCCCGAGUGUGCCAUAACUGAGUUGGAUAUCAACUACGGUAAGCCCGCCGAUUGGGUCACCGUCUUCGAUGGUUGUCUCGAUAUCAAAAACUGUGUCGGUAUCACUGUUUGGGGUGUUUCUGACAAAGACUCUUGGAUCGGUGCUGCCGGUGGACCUCUCCUGUUCGACAGCUCCUUCCAGGCUAAACCCUCUUACAAUGAGCUUUGCUCUGCUCUUGCUUGA